AUGUCUGCCCUGCCCCGAACCAUUGGCCCGAGACUGCUCGCCCCCGCCCUGCGGCCCUCGACGGCGAGGGUCAUGGCCCCAGCCUACCGCUCGUAUGCGACCAAAGAGCCUGGGACCAAGACGAACCCCAGCGAUGCGCCCGAAGCGCCAGUCAACAGCGCCUCGACGCAAAUCCGCGAAGAGAGUGCCGCAGCGGGCAUGAGCCACAAGCCAGACUACGACGCUGUCAUCGAUUACCGAACCUCCAACUUCUCCCCCAUCCCCAAGCGGGUCAUGGACGGGAGUGAGCCUGGCGGCAGUGUUCCUGCAGCCGUUCUUUCUGGCGCCCCCACCGAUCUCCAGGCCCGUCAAGUGCGCAUCUACAAACCCACAAAGACGGCCACACAGUCUGGCAACUGGAACUCUUCACACUGGCUAAUGGACUGGGAUGUCCUGCCGAAGGGUCACCGAUGGGAGAACCAGCUGAUGGGCUGGCAAUCCUCGGCUGACUUUAUGAACGGUCACCGCAUACAGUUCAAGACCAAGGAGGAUGCCAUCAACUUUGCCAACAAGCAGGGCUACGAAUACUUUGUUCAGGAGCCAAAUGAGCGCAAGUUCCGCCCCAAGGCAUAUGCUAACCUGUUCACCUACAAGCCCAAGAAGCUGAAGAUCAUUUACACAAAGUAA